AACCAGAAUAAAACCGCCUGGAACGCCGCGUCUGAGCCGGAGCCCCGGUGGAACUCCGCGCUGCGCUCUCCCCAGUUCCUAAGAGGUCCCGGGAUUCUUGAGCUGUGCCCAGCUGACGAGCUUUUGAAGAUGGCACAAUAACUGCCCAGUGAUGCCUGACCAUGACAGCACAGCCCUCUUAAGCCGGCAGACCAAGAGGAGAAGAGUUGACAUUGGAGUGAAAAGGACGGUAGGGACAGCAUCUGCAUUCUUUGCUAAGGCGAGAGCCACGUUUUUUAGUGCCAUGAAUCCCCAAGGUUCCGAGCAGGAUGUUGAGUAUUCCGUGGUGCAGCAUGCAGAUGGGGAGAAGUCAAAUGUGCUCCGCAAGCUGCUGAAGAGGGCGAACUCGUACGAAGAUGCCAUGAUGCCUUUUCCAGGGGCAACCAUCAUUUCCCAGCUGUUGAAAAAUAACAUGAACAAAAACGGUGGCACGGAGCCCAGCUUCCAAGCCAGCGGUCUCUCCAGCACAGGCUCCGAAGUACAUCAGGAGGAUAUAUGCAGCAACUCUUCAAGAGACAGCCCCCCAGAGUGUCUUUCCCCCUUUGGCAGGCCUACUAUGAGCCAGUUUGAUAUGGAUCGCUUAUGCGACGAGCACCUGAGAGCAAAGCGCGCCCGGGUUGAGAAUAUCAUUCGGGGUAUGAGCCAUUCCCCCAGCGUGGCGUUAAGGGGCAAUGAAAAUGAAAGAGAGAUGGCCCCGCAGUCUGUGAGUCCCCGAGAAAGUUACAGAGAAAACAAACGCAAGCAAAAGCUGCCCCAGCAGCAGCAACAGAGUUUCCAGCAGCUGGUUUCAGCCCGAAAAGAACAGAAGCGAGAGGAGCGCCGACAGCUGAAACAGCAGCUGGAGGACAUGCAGAAACAGCUGCGCCAGCUGCAGGAAAAGUUCUACCAAAUCUAUGACAGCACUGAUUCUGAAAAUGAUGAAGACGGUAACCUGUCUGAAGACAGCAUGCGCUCGGAGAUGCUGGAUGCCCGGGCCCAGGACUCCGUAGGGAGGUCAGAUAAUGAGAUGUGCGAGCUAGACCCAGGACAGUUCAUUGACCGAGCCCGGGCCCUGAUCAGGGAGCAGGAAAUGGCUGAAAACAAGCCCAAGCGGGAAGGCAACAACAAAGAGAGAGACCACGGGCCAAACUCCUUACAACCAGAAGGCAAACAUUUGGCCGAGACCUUGAAACAGGAACUGAACUCUGCCAUGUCGCAAGUUGUGGACACUGUGGUCAAAGUCUUUUCGGCCAAACCCUCCCGCCAGGUUCCUCAGGUCUUCCCCCCUCUCCAGAUCCCCCAGGCCAGAUUCGCAGUCAACGGGGAAAACCACAAUUUCCACACCGCCAACCAGCGCCUGCAGUGCUUUGGCGACGUCAUCAUUCCGAACCCCCUGGACACCUUCGGCAACGUGCAGAUGCCCAGUUCCACAGACCAGACAGAAGCACUGCCCCUGGUGGUCCGCAAGAACUCAUCUGACCAGUCUGCCUCCGGCCCUCCCACCGGCGGCCACCACCAGCCCCUGCACCAGUCACCUCUCUCUGCCACUGCAGGCUUCACCACAUCCACCUUCCGCCACCCCUUCCCCCUACCCUUGAUGGCCUACCCAUUUCAGGGUCCAUUAGGUGCUCCCUCUGGCUCCUUCUCGGGAAAAGACAGAGUGUCUCCCGAAUCCUUGGACUUGACCAGGGAGACGACGAGUCUGAGGACCAAGAUGUCAUCCCACCACCUGAGCCACCACCCUUGUUCACCAGCACACCCACCCAGCACGGCGGAAGGGCUCUCCUUGUCCCUCAUCAAGUCCGAGUGUGGCGAUCUUCAAGACAUGUCUGAAAUCUCACCUUAUUCAGGAAGUGCAAUGCAGGAGGGACUGUCACCCAAUCACUUGAAAAAAGCAAAGCUCAUGUUCUUUUAUACCCGUUAUCCCAGCUCCAACAUGCUGAAGACCUACUUCUCCGAUGUAAAGUUCAACAGAUGCAUUACCUCUCAGCUCAUCAAGUGGUUUAGCAAUUUCCGUGAGUUUUACUACAUUCAGAUGGAGAAGUACGCGCGUCAGGCCAUCAACGAUGGAGUCACCAGCACUGAAGAGCUGUCUAUAACCAGAGACUGUGAGCUGUACAGGGCUCUGAACAUGCACUACAAUAAAGCGAAUGACUUUGAGGUUCCGGAGAGAUUCCUGGAAGUUGCGCAGAUCACAUUACGGGAGUUUUUCAAUGCCAUUAUUGCAGGCAAAGAUGUUGAUCCUUCCUGGAAGAAGGCCAUAUACAAGGUCAUCUGCAAGCUGGACAGCGAAGUCCCUGAGAUUUUCAAAUCCCCAAACUGCCUACAAGAGCUGCUUCAUGAGUAGAAAUUUCAACAACUCUUUUCGAAUGUAUGAAUAGUAGCAGUCCCCUUUGGAUG